ACAUGCUUCCCCGGAGCAUCAUUGAACUUCUGGACAAGCUGACGAGAGAGGAGAUGCGCUGGCUCCUCAGUAACCCGCAGGCUUUGGAGACGGUGCUAGAGAGACUCGGUCUGGACAGUGAUGAAGACAGUGUGCUGCACUAUAUCCUGGUACAAGAGUUGAUGCGCCGCGAAGAAGGGUACGGGCCAUGUGGAAAUCUGUCACUGGAGGAAAGAAUGUUUCUCUUAGGUUUCCCCUUGCGGAAGCAUAAACUGGAAAAGACUAUCAAACAACUUUAUACCAUCGCAGAUGAAGUUGACUCAACUCAUAAGACGCUCACCCAGACCAACCUCGUAGCCAGCUCUGCAAGUGCUGUGUCCGCGGUCAUGACCAUCCUGGGUGUGACCCUGUCACCUUUGACAACAGGAGGGAGUCUGUUACUCUCAGCUGCUGGGCAGGGCCUGGGGACAGCAGCUUUUGUCACCAACAUUGUGACCAGCAUCUUAGAAAAUAGGAGCAGUUCAGCAGCAAGAGCUAGGGCCAGCAGACUGGUGGCUUUUCCAAUAACACCAGAGGCAGAAGCUAGUGGAGAAAACACUUUUUCUCCAGCUGCAGCUGCAGUGGAUUGUGUUGAGAAGUGCUAUAAAGUCCUUCAGAAAAUCAGGCAACUUCGCGCCUACCAGAGGGCCCAAACCAACCCCGGCUUCAUGGCGAGGGUCAGGAACUUCGUGACUACACGCCGUGUGCCCUUCUUGAGGGCAACAGGGGUGCAGAGCGCCGUGGGCCAGGGCUCCGCUCUGGCCAUGACCCGCGGUGCCCGGAUGAUGAGUGUAGCUGGGGCCGGCUUCUUACUCAUGCAAGAUGUGAGGAGCGUCCUACGGGACUGGCAGCACCUGGGGGCGGGCGCGAGGACGGAGAUGGCUGAGGAACUGAGGACGCACGCCCAGGAGCUGGAGCAGGAGCUGAGCCAGCUGUCCAGGUGCUACAGGCAGGCCAUCCUGAGGCAGGAGACGGGCCUGUCACAGAACCAGGAGGUAGGAAGGAGGGCAGGGCUGCUGGAGUGGUCGGGGCCAGGGGGCUGCUGAACAGGUAGGCACACAGGCAGAUACAUAAUCACAGCUGCCCUCUCUCAGGGAGGCCUUUCCCAUACCCCUCACUUCAGUCAGGUCCCCGUGUUACCGCCAGCCUCCUGUGCUUUCCUCCCAAAGCGCUGACCAGACAUUUCGGAAAUCACGCGUGUGGUGGCUAGGUGCUCGCUGUCUUCGCGUACAGGGGGCACCCUUUGUGCAGGCAGGACGCGUGCCCAGUGUCUGGCAGUGCUGGGCACAUAGCAGGUGUGCCGUAGAUAUGGGCUGGGUUUCAUCCUAAAGGUGAUAUUUCAAAUGAGUUGGGAAAGAUCUUGUAUUUGACAACGAGUUUGUCUUUCUAGACUCUCUUAUUCAGAGACAUUCAUACUAUUAUCUAUUUGUAAAAAAAAAUGAAAUGAAAUCUUCCACCAGGAAAAUGAAGCAGAAUGUCAAAGUUCCUCUUUAAAUCUUCAGAGAGGGUGGGAUGGGACUGGGUAGCAAGGCCACUGCCUGAGUCCCCGGAAAGAGACACAGAAGACCGAGGCUCACAAAUUCAUGCGCUCAUUCAUUUGUCUAUUUGUUUGACCUAUUUUAAUUAAGCGAGGCCUGUGGCAGGGGCCAAGGAUUAAGGAAGUGGUCCCUACCUGGUCUGCAUGUUGAAAUCACCUGGGAAACUUUAAAGCACACUGAUGAGUGGGCAGGUCCUACCCCAAGGAUGGGGACCUGAUUGGUCAGGGGUGCGUCUUGGACUUUGGAAGUUUUAAAGCAUCUCCUAGUAAUUCUGCUGUGUGGCCGAGUUUGGGAACCACCCUUUAGGGUGCAUGGGCUUUCUCCCUGUUCCGCUCUAUCAAUAUGCUUUUACCCGUAGGGUUCACUCUGUAACUUCGUAAUAACCAGGAGCAGGUUGCGGGGUGUAAACUGUGGGACACUAAGAUUCCUGCUCUAAAGGGUCUGGCUCACCUCUUCCUUGCCUACCUUGGAGCAUAAGCUUAGACCAGGUGUCUGCAGGGCACAGAAGACCCACUGAGAAAAGUCAGUCUCUGCCCUAAUGGUACUUGGGGACAGACCCCAGAUAAGCCAUUAAUGAGGAGGAGAGGUAAAUGGCAUGAGGAAGACAGGGCUCUGUGGGAGCCUCUAACAGGUGCACUUACAGCUGAGGACAGGGGCUGUGGGGGGAGGGGGGAGAGCCCCACAUGGUGAGAGAAGCUGGUGUCUUCCGUUUCUGCUCUGUGAACGUUCAUUCUGGGCUCGAGUCCGCGCCAGCCAUCUCACCGGUGCCUCCGCACUCUGCCUCUGUGCAUUUCCAGCCAGAGGGGCCAUUCAUUAAGUUCUUCCAAGCACAAGGGUUACGGUGCAUCGGCGCCGCUGAGAGCCAGACCAGCAGGUGAGAGCGCCGCCUUGCUCAGCCCUGCGGGAGCCGGGAGCCCAGGCAAACCUGCCGUGGGGUCCUAGUUCUGCUGUGGAAGUGACCGCCUUCUCUUCCUUUUUGCCCUAGCUGGUCAGGCUGUCUCCACCGAACCCUAAAUACUCACGUCAGUUUCAAUUGGAGCUGAGACACAUUUAGAAUAUGUGUAUUUUCCUAACUGGAUAUAAUUACAUAGUACAAUUAUAAUUAAAUGGGAGAAACCCCUAUACUUUACAGUAAACGAUGCUCUGCUCCCCUUCCCACGCAGUCCCCACCCCAUCUGCCCUGGCAGCCGCCCCACGCGGAGUCUUUGUCAGGGAGUCUGCUCCCCAAGCGGAGAUACUGAGAGAAAGUGAUCCCUUUAUAGCAGCGGAAUGUGUAACUGAAAAAUGGGGCACCAUGAAAAUGGUCCAACACUAGGAGUCUGGUUAAAUACAAACUAUUCAUCCUCUUAAGAGCUAUCACAAUGAAGUUCACGAGAGCCAGCAGUUGGAUUAACAUGGAAAAUGCUGUUUUAUCAAGUUAAAUGAGAAAAGCAGAAAGAAAAUUGUAUAUACGCCUUCUCACCUUUUACCUAACGAGGUGAAACACCUCUCAAACCUGUGUGUGGAAAGACACACGCGUGCGCAUAGGCAAACCUACAAGGAACGACAGCAAGGUCACACUGCGGCUAUCUUUACGUAGAGGGAAUUUUGGUUACUUUUACUUUCUUCUUUCUGCCUUUCUGUACUUUUCAAGUUUUCUCUUAUGUGAGUUACUGUUUUAUAAAAUGGAAAGAAUACAUAAUAAAUAUUUACAUCAAAAUU